GACGUAACCGACGACCGCCUACCGGCCAACCAACCGACCGGCGGCUGCGUCGGCCACGUGAUGACAAUGCUGGACACGUUGGCUCGCGCCCUCAACGCACGUGGCUUUGAACGCAACCUGUCCAGCGUUGUCAGCACAUGGCUAGCGCCGCUGUUGGACGAACGACAUGUUGGACUAACCAGUUCGAGCACAACUUUGAAGUCAUCCGAUGAAGUGAUGGUAGAGGAUUUCAAAGUUGGUGCACUUGGAAAAGAUGAUGUCGCCAGCGGCGCCAUUCUAGUUAGUGUUGCUCAGUUCUCGAAGUAUGAAAAGGUGAUCGAAGCAGACAUUACCAAACGGUUAUAUAUGUCGUUCUCCGUCAGGAGCAAGGUUUCGAUGCGUUUGGUCCAACCUCAUCAAGCAUUCAUUCUAUUCAAACAUGUCAAUGGUGGCGAAGUUUUCUACACAGCUGAUGUGCAAACUGGAGGGGAAUACCUUGUUGAUAUAAACCUAGCUAAAGCUCACAAAGAUUUUGAGGGUGUAUCGGGGAAGUACACUGUAUACCUCAUUAUUGGUGAUGCUACCAUUAGAACUCCAUUGAAUUGGCCUUUUUACGCGCUUGCAUUUCUCAUUUAG